CAGUUGUAGUGUUCUGAAACUGGAAAAUGGAGUCUAUACUGAGAUAUCUGGACUGGAUGUCUGUAGGCUUGGCCCUGCUGGCUGGUGUUCUUUCUCUGUUUCUGCUGGAGAUCUUCAGGUUGAACUCCUCCAGGAGACGUAACCCCCCUGGACCAAAACCACUGCCCUUUGUGGGAAACCUGCCUCAACUCAAGAAGGAUGCUAUGGCCUUUGUCAGAUCGAUGGCGAAAUAUGGUGACUUAUCCUGCCUGUACCUGGCCAAUAAGCCAGUAAUCGUGGUAAAUAGCCUGCCAAUGGUGAAGGAAACGUUCGUUCAGAAUGGAGGUGCAUUUGCUGGGAGGUCACCUGUGCCAAUAUUAGACUUUGUCACCAAUGGUUAUGGUAUAAUAAUGGCCCCAUAUGGAAUUUCCUGGAAACAGCAGCGCCGGUUUGCUCUGCACACUCUACGCAACUUUGGACUGGGAAAGAGAAACGUGGAGGAACGUGUGGCUGAGGAAGCGCAAUACCUUAUCAGAGAGCUGCUCACACAUGAAGGGAAGUCUUUUUGUCCCAUCCACAAGAUUAUGAACGCAGUCUCCAACAUCAUCUGCGCCAUCGUCUUUGGGGAUCGCUUUGAGUAUGAUGACAAGCGCUUCUCUAAGCUGUUGGAAAUCAUAAAUGAGAACAUUCAGCUUUCUGGAGCACCUGCGACACGGAUGGUCUAUGUGGUUCCCUUCAUAAGGCACUUUCCAGGGCCACACCAGAAAGUCUGGCAGAAUGUCAAGUCCUUAAAAGAGUUUAUCCGUGAAGCUGUGGAGGAACACAGGAAGACUCUGGACCCAGAAAACCCCCGGGACUUCAUUGAUGCCUACCUCGUGGAGAUGAGUAAGCAACAGUCAAAUGAAGACUCCACGUUUAACGAGGAGAACAUGAUCAUGUCCACUUCUGAUCUUUUCCUCGCUGGAACAGACACGACAGCAUCCACUCUGAAAUGGGGUCUCAUUUACAUGAUGGACCACCCUGAUGUGCAAGAGCGCUGUCAUGAGGAGAUAGUUCGGGUGCUGGGUUUUGACCGCUCUCCCUGCAUGGAUGAUCGUGCAAAGCUCCCGUACACUCAAGCCACCAUCCAUGAAAUCCAGCGCUGUGCUGACAUUAUCCCCAUGGCUAUACAUGAGACCACCCAGCCGACAAAGCUCGGAGAGUACCACUUCCCCAAGGGAACAAAGAUCAUGCCCAACUUGGCGAUCUUCUUGGCUGACAGGAAGCACUGGAAGCACCCGGACACGUUCAACCCAGAGAACUUUCUGGAUGAGAAAGGGCAGUCCUGCAAAAGUGAAUAUUUUCUGCCAUAUUCCCUGGGUCCAAGGAUGUGUGUUGGGGAGACUCUGGCAAAAGCUGAGCUCUUCAUCUUCUUCACCUCUCUGAUCCAGAGGCUGAAGUUCUCAUGGCCUAAAGGAGAACCUCGUCCAAACAUGAAUGGCAUUUUGAGCAUAGUCCGCUCUCCCUUCCCCUAUAAUACAAUUUGCCAUAGCAGGGAUACCCCCCACUGAAUCCCCCCACCAUGUUCAACCUUGACACCAUCAGUGGAUGAUACUUAAAUAAGAGCAAGGUUAAAUGUAUCGAGUUUUAAAUGUGCAUAAACAGAUUUAAAUACAA